AUGUCUUCAAACACUUCUUCUGUGAUGUCUUCUCCACGUGUCGAAAAGAGAUCGUUUUCUUCCACUUUAAAAUCAUUCUUCACAAACCCCAAUAAAAAACGGCCAUCGAGCAAGAAAGUUUUCAGUUCAAACCUCUCAUACGCGAAUCAUUUGGAGGAAUCAGAUGUUGAAGACACACUGCAUGUUAAUAAGAGAAAGAGGGUGUCCGGUACAUCACAGCAUAGCGACAGCUUAACUCAGAACAACAAUAAUGCGCCAAUUAUAAUAUAUGGAACCGAAAACACUGAGAGACCGCCGCUUUUGCCAAUUUUGCCCAUUCAAAGACUGAGGUUAUUAAGGGAGAAGCAGAGGGUGAGAAAUAUGCGUGAGCUUGGAUUAAUUCAAUCAACUGAAUUUCCAUCUAUUACAUCGUCGGUUAUAUUGGGCUCUCAAAGUAAAAGCGAUGAGGGAGGAUCGUACCUAUGCACAUCAUCUACUCCUUCCCCUAUUAAAAACGGUUCUUGCACUAGGCAGUUGGCCGGAAAAAGCGGUGAAGACACCAAUGUUGGACUACCCAUUCUCAAAUCAUUGAAAAAUAGAUCCAAUAGAAAAAGGUUUCAUAGUCAGUCAAAGGGGACCGUGUGGUCAGCAAAUUUUGAAUAUGAUUUGUCAGAAUAUGACGCUAUACAAAAAAAGGAUAACAAGGAUAAGGAAGGUAACGCUGGCGGUGAUCAGAAGACAAGCGAGAAUAGAAAUAAUAUUAAGAGUAGUAUUUCAAAUGGCAAUCUGGCUACAGGCCCUAACCUGACAAGCGAAAUUGAAGACCUACGUGCAGACAUCAACUCUAAUAGGUUAUCGAAUCCUCAAAAAAAUCUACUUUUAAAAGGACCAGCUUCCACAGUUGCAAAAACUGCCCCUAUUCAGGAGAGCUUUGUUCCCAAUUCAGAGCGCUCUGGUACGCCUACGUUAAAGAAAAAUAUUGAGCCCAAAAAGGACAAAGAAAGUAUUGUUUUGCCCACCGUAGGUUUUGACUUUAUCAAGGACAAUGAGACUCCAUCUAAGAAAACUUCUCCUAAGGCAACUUCUUCUGCAGGUGCAGUCUUUAAAUCGAGUGUAGAAAUGGGAAAAACCGAUAAGUCAACGAAAACUGCCGAGGCGCCUACCUUAUCAUUCAAUUUUAGCCAAAAGGCUAAUAAAACUAAGGCUGUCGACAAUACUGUCCCUUCCACAACUUUAUUCAAUUUUGGUGGUAAAUCAGAUACCGUUACUUCUGCCAGUCAACCUUUUAAAUUUGGAAAGACAUCCGAAAAAAGUGAAAAUCAUACAGAAUCAGACGCGCCUCCAAAAUCAACUGCUCCAAUAUUUUCUUUUGGUAAACAAGAAGAGAAUGGUGAUGAAGGUGAUGAUGAAAAUGAGCCCAAAAGAAAAAGGCGUUUACCUGUUAGCGAGGAUACAAACACCAAGCCUUUAUUCGAUUUCGGCAAGACCGGUGAUCAAAAGGAGACCAAAAAGGGAGAGUCAGAAAAGGACGCAUCAGGGAAACCAAGCUUUGUCUUUGGUGCAAGUGAUAAGCAAGCUGAAGGUACACCAUUAUUUACAUUCGGAAAAAAAGCUGAUGUAACAAGCAAUAUUGACUCCUCUGCACAAUUUACCUUUGGUAAAGCCGCCACCGCGAAAGAAACACACACCAAACCAUCUGAGACACCUGCCACAAUAGUCAAGAAGCCUACUUUUACUUUUGGGCAGUCAACAAGUGAAAAUAAGAUCUCUGAGGGAAGUGCGAAACCUACAUUCUCUUUCUCUAAGUCAGAGGAGGAACGUAAGAGUAGUCCAAUUUCAAACGAAGCAGCUAAACCCUCGUUUUCGUUUCCGGGCAAGCCUGUUGAUGUUCAAGCACCGACGGAUGAUAAGACUCUCAAGCCAACUUUUUCUUUUACUGAACCUGCUCAAAAAGAUUCAUCUGUUGUUUCGGAACCUAAAAAGCCCUCCUUUACGUUUGCGUCUUCAAAAACCUCACAACCAAAGCCAUUGUUUUCAUUUGGUAAGUCAGAUGCAGCUAAAGAACCACCAGGCUCUAACACCUCAUUUUCUUUCACUAAACCUCCUGCUAAUGAGACAGAUAAAAGACCUACACCGCCAUCUUUCACCUUUGGCGGUUCCACAACAAAUAAUACAACAACCACUAGCACAAAACCAUCUUUUAGUUUUGGGGCUCCCGAGUCGAUGAAGUCGACAGCAAGUACAGCGGCAGCAAAUACGGAGAAGCUAUCAAAUGGCUUUUCCUUUACAAAGUUCAAUCACAAUAAAGAAAAGUCAAACUCUCCAACUUCUUUCUUCGAUGGUUCUGCUUCCUCAACGCCGAUUCCUGUCUUGGGUAAGCCAACAGACGCUACUGGUAAUACAACAUCUAAAUCUGCAUUUUCAUUCGGUACUGCUAACACCAAUGGUACCAAUGCCUCAGCAAACUCCACAUCAUUCUCGUUUAACGCCCCUGCUACUGGUAACGGCACAACUACUACUUCCAAUACCUCAGGAACCAAUAUAGCGGGUACAUUUAACGUAGGAAAACCGGAUCAAAGUAUCGCUAGUGGCAAUACGAAUGGAGCGGGCUCGGCAUUUGGCUUUUCGAGCUCAGGAACAGCAGCAACUGGUGCAGCUUCUAAUCAAUCUUCAUUUAAUUUUGGAAACAAUGGUGCAGGGGGUCUCAAUCCUUUUACAUCAGCAACUUCGUCAACUAAUGCUAAUGCUGGUUUAUUCAAUAAACCUCCUUCCACGAAUGCACAAAAUGUCAAUGUUCCCUCUGCUUUUAAUUUUACGGGAAAUAAUUCAACGCCUGGUGGCGGCUCUGUAUUUAAUAUGAACGGCAACACUAAUGCUAAUACGGUGUUUGCCGGCUCUAAUAACCAACCACAUCAAUCGCAAACCCCAUCUUUCAAUACAAACAGCUCAUUCACGCCAUCAACAGUUCCUAAUAUUAAUUUUAGCGGAUUGAAUGGCGGAAUUACUAAUACCGCGACCAAUGCAUUAAGGCCAAGUGAUAUAUUUGGUGCGAAUGCUGCCUCUGGUUCCAAUUCAAACGUAACAAAUCCAUCAUCCAUUUUUGGGGGGGCAGGUGGUGUGCCGACAACUUCUUUUGGGCAGCCGCAGUCAGCCCCUAAUCAGAUGGGGAUGGGAACAAAUAAUGGCAUGAGCAUGGGCGGUGGUGUUAUGGCGAACAGAAAGAUUGCAAGAAUGAGGCACUCUAAAAGGUAA